CUUUUGUCUGCCUUCUGCUUUCUGAGUCCUCGUGUUUUAAUCUUAUAGCACAAACCAUGGCAUCGAUUUUGCGAUCCAGCAAAUUUGUGCGGUAUUUUGCCGGUUUUGCACGGAAUAUCGUGUUUAACACUGCUCGAGAGACUGAGGGUAGCUUCGUGCAGCAGUCACAAUGUUUGUGCAGCAAUUCCAUCAGCGGAUUUGCGACGUCGGCAGCCAGCUCGAGUCAAGGAUUGGAUCGUUCACUGAAAAGACUUGAUGAAGAUGUUCGACGUUCGGGGCGUAUCUCCCGGCGGGAUUUGGAGGAUGUUUUGGAAGAGAUACGGGUGAACCGCUCGGCGACGAGUGCACAGUCCUUGCUGGUCAUUCGCUGUUGCGGUAAUUUAGUACCGGAGGAACUUCCUGAGGUGCGAACAGCACUGGUACAGGAAAUUUGGAAAACACUUAACAGCCUGAGUGUUCCCAUGGAUAUAUCCCACUAUAACGCACUGCUGCGAGUUUAUUUGGACAAUGAGCAUUCCUUCUCACCUACCGAAUUUUUGGCUGACCUUAAAGCAAAGGGUGUAGAACCGAAUCGAGUGACCUAUCAGCGACUAGUUUCUCGCUACUGUCAAGAAGGUGACAUCGAAGGAGCUACUAAGAUUUUAGAAUACAUGCGCGAGAAACAGAUGCCCGUGAACGAAUAUGUUUUUAACGCUCUUAUCAUGGGACAUUCGCAAGCGGAUGAUUUGGAAUCGGCUACCGAAAUUUUAGCCGUGAUGUCACAGGCGGGAUUACAACCUUCGGCGGACACAUACACUACAUUACUGUGCGGUUAUGCACGGAAGGGUGAUAUUGAUUACAUUAAUAAAACAUUAGAAACUUGCGAGGAAAAGGAAAUCUUCUUGCUGGACAAAGAUUUGCUGGAUAUUAUCUACUCACUUGCCACGAAUGGUUAUGCGGAUAAAGUUGACCCACUGGUGGCGAAAAUUCGUAAACAAGCAGGAUUUAAUCAAGACGCGGUCAACGUUAUCCUACGGUUGAUCAACAAGGGACAAGAAGAUGUAAGCUUGAAGCUGCUCAAGAUUAUGCCAAGAGCAACGCGAAACGAUGGUGAGCUGGCCAACACCGGUGGUUUUCUACUCAAGCAGCUAGUAAAAGCUAAAAGGCCCAUUGAAAAAGUACUUGCCAUUUGCAAUGAGUUGCAAAGUUCGGGGUUAAACCCGAAUGCAUAUUUGAUUGCACUGGAAACGGCUCUCAAAAAUGGCAUUGUUGAUCUAGCUUAUCCAUUAUUAAAAGCCUUAAAUGACCAAAAUCAGCCCGUACGCCAACACUACUUCUGGCCUUUACUGUGCUCUAGCGAUCAACCUAGACCAGAAGGUGUUCUGAAUACCCUGCGAACCAUGAUAGAAGAUUUCGGAAUUCUAGCUAGCAGUGAAACUGUCCGAGAAUAUGCCAUCCCGAAUUUAGGUCUCAGCAAUCACGAAGAAGUGAUUCAUCUAUUGAGAAGUGUAGGAGUGUCACCGGCAGUUGGAAGUUCAGGAUGUGCUUACAUUGCUCUGGAAAACAACAAUUUGAAGGAAGCAGCCAAUAUUGCCUCGCGCUUCAAAGCGUAUUACUCUCCAAGUAUUUACCGCAAGCCACUUGUUACUGCUUUGGUCAAUACAAACGACUUUGAUUCCUAUAUUCGCUUUUCUCGUCACUUGUAUGAUAAUCUUCUAAGAGCUGGCUCUAGAGAGGAAGUCAGUGAUCAAGCAGAAGAAAGUGAUAAUGUGCCUGGUCCAAAUUUCCAGGCUGAUGUGCUUGGUUUGAUGAUCUACGAUGUACUAGUCACAUUCAAGACGAAACGUAUACAAGCGCUUACUAAAGUUCUGACUGGAUUCGUAAACCAAGGCCUAACGAUUAGUCAUUCGCAGGCGGAACGAAUUCAAGAAAAAUUAGGAGGUGAAAUGACCACCGAAAUUUCGACUAUGUUGAGUCAAUUGGCCGCUGGAGAACUCGAGCCCAUUCAGAUAGAACAAGUAAACUCUAGGGCCAAAACAACUACUUACAGCUUAUCAAUCCCGCAGCUUGAACGACUAAUCAAUGAUCUACAAGCUCGAGGCGAAAACACAAAUUCACUGAAAAACCAACUGAUUCGCAGCGCAAUACGAUCAAAUGACAUUUCUAAAGCUGAAGAAAUACUUACCCGUCUGGAGGAGGAAAACUAUGUGGUUCAACCGGGUAUUUAUGCACAAAUCAUUGAACUGUACGCUAACAAUGACAAGUUGGAUGAAGCUUUUGGGCUUUUACGUAAAGUUAAAACCAAACUACCAGACUUUGAACUUGACGAAACAAAAAUUAUUCGGCUUGCUCAAGCAAUACUGAAUCAAGAUCGCUUUGACGAUACAUUGAAGUUCCUUGCCGAUUAUAAACCAGCGGUAGCACGCGAUGAAAAAUCUGUCGAUUUCAAUUACAACAGUGCUUGCUGGCGAAUGUUGAAUUCGUUGGCAGAGAAAGGAAACGUGGAUGGCGUUAAUAAACUGUUUGACAAUUUGCUCGAGAAUGGGUACAUAACACCGCAUAACAUAUUUUUGGGAGCUCUCAUCAAGGUUCACAUUGUUCGAGAAGAUUUACAGUCGGCUAUUACCGUUUUUGAAGAUAUUUGCCAGAAAUAUCGUGCCACACCGUGGAAGGCCGAACUAACAUGUCGCUUGAUCCAGGCAGAGGAUGCAACAAAUCUUCAACGGCUGACUGAUCUCAGCACCGAGGUUCACGGUGAAGUCAACAGUCUGUAUGAUUUGGUAUUUGCAUUUGUGGACUGUGGUCGCAUUCGGCAAGCAAGAAAAAUAUUGGAAACACCAGGACUGCGUACUCGAUAUCAACGUAUUCAAAAUGCUUGUGAGCGAUACCAUGUGGAAGGGAAAACGCAAAGCUUAGAAGGCUUGAUGGAAGCGACUAAAGAUCUCAAUCAUAUUGAUCGUUCAGAAAUAUACCAUAAACUACUGAAGAGCUAUAUCAAUGAAAACCAACCAGAAAAGGCUUUAGGUUUGUGGACAAAAAUGCAAGAAGAAGAUGAGACUCCUUCCGAUGCAUUUUUAAUUGAAUUGUCCGGAUUCCUCAAAACAUCAGGAUAUGAAGUACCAUUCGUAACUCCCAGUGCCGCUGGUGAUGUUAAAAUAUCUAAGAAAUCUGAAAAACCGGUAACAAAAAACACCGAAAAAAAUCCCCGCAAAGUAGUAUCUAUGGCGAUGAAGGAUUUCAAAUCUGCUCUUAAAGUCGGAGAUCCAGAUCUUGUCCUUGCGACUAGCGCCAAACUGCUUCCAAGUGAUAAACUCAAUCUUACCGAAGAGUCGCUAAUCGUAGAGGCACUCAUUAAUCGAGAUCGUUUGAACGAAGCAAUUAAGCGGGUUCUUGAUAUGCUUGCGCAAGAACUCUAUCCAAUUCCACGAAUUUUCAAGUAUUUCCUGAAUAAAUUGGCUGCUACGGGCGAUGUGGAAACCUUUGAGCGAAUCAGCGCCUUACUUCCCGAUAAUGUCAAAAAGUUAGUAUCCUUUGAUAAUCGUUUUUGCCACGCUAACCUGACUAGUGGUAAUGCUGAGCAAUAUUUGCUAUCGCUGGAAGCUACUAUCGAUGCAGUCACCAGUAAAGAGGAAGCAGAAAACGUGGCUAAACAUUUUCCAAUUGGAGGAGCUUCCGGUAUACUGAUAAACCAUCCAGAGUUGCACGACCGGUUUAACAAGCUUGCCGAGCGGUACGUCAAGUGGGAAAUUAUCACUCCGAUCAACGCACUGUGGGCACACUAUUUUGUAACUGGAGAAGAAGCAAAGGCAAAGUCUCUGUGGGAUAAAUAUUUGUCCAACAGCUCCAGAGUGAUGUUCCAAAAAGUCAUCCAACAUGCUAGGGAAACCAAUGACGCUGCUUUGGUACGCCGUUUGAUUGACCAGUUAAAGAAUGCUAAAAUAACGGAAAGCGGCAUCGGUAUUAUCUAUAGUUGCCUAAUUGAUACUUUGCUUUCAAAGGGACAGAACGAACAGGCUUUAGACGCUCUGAAGGAAGGGUUGCAAACUGUUUGCUUGGAGCACAUCAAUCGGUCAGCAUUACGCAGGCUGAAGGAAGGAUUAACGGCCGUUGGGCAAGAAUUUCCGUAUACGAUACCGGAUCGAAGUGCAAAUAAAGCAGAAGAAACUUCCAGCAGUAGUAGCAGCAGUAGCAGUGACGAUGACGUACAAAAAGUAAAAAAAUGAACAUUCGACGAUUGCUAGCAAGAUGCAUUUGUUGUUUUCUACAAUUCACCGGAUCGUCAAACUGUAUUCUUAUCACAUUAGGCCAUCACUACGCUAAUCCUUCACCAAAUAUAGUGUUUAAUAGAUAAUCAGUGACGUACCCUCAGCUCAGUA